AUGAUCGCAGCACCCACAGAUGCCCCCAUCCCCACCACUGCAUUGCAGACGGCCCAGGAUGCGCCAUUCCGCUACGUGGCGGUCACCGCCCUCUCCGCCGGACUUGCGCGACUGAAGAAAGACCCCAUGCGCCAGGUGGCCAAGGAAGCGCAUGCCACAUUUGCGGUGCUGCUGGACAUACUGGAGCUGCAGUCGGCGAGGGAGGGGGCUGCCGUAGGUGCCGGGCACAAGGGGAGGUACGCCCCCCUGGCCGCCAUCGCCCCCCGCCUCGGCUACCACCGCAUCCUGGCGUUGCGCCCCCCCCUGGUCCUUGAAUCCCUGGCCCAGCUGGGCAACAACCGGCUGUGCACCUCCGUCUGCGGCCUGCUGAGGGCGUUGUGGACUGCAGCGUCCCACGAUCCAGAGGCAUCCUGGGUGCCGGGGACGGUGCAGGACACUUCUACAGCACUCAUCGACGGCCCAGACGCCCUGCGGGCAAACCUGGCAGCCCAUGUCCUCCCUCUGCUCUUCGGCAUCCAUCCCGGGGCCUGCGCCGCCCUGCUGGCUGCCCUGGAUUCGCAGGGGCCAGGGGCCCCCGUGACCCCGGACCUCCAAUCGGCGCGCAUGGCCGUGCUCGCCGCCGGCCACGCCAGCGGGCUUGUUACCUGGGAGGGGGCCGCAGCGGGCGUGACCCCGAAACAACUACACGCCCACGUCUUCGCCGCCCUGCAAACCAGGAACGGAGAGCAGAGGCUGGCUGCGGCGAGCCUGGUGUGCACCCAUCCCAAGGCGCUGGCCCCCUUCACCCCUCGGGAGCUGGGCCUGGUCCAGCUCUGGGCGGAGCUGGAGAUGGUCUGCGACUCCACGCCGCACCGCGAGAAGGUGCUGCGCCUGCUCUCCAAGGCAGGCGCCAGGGUGCGGGGUCUCGCGGCCGCCGCGCGCCAGAGGGGAGACAGAGCGGAGCUGCAGCGGCUGGCCUCCGCCAUCACCCAACUCUAUGACCUGGCAGUUGCCAGGGUGCGGCCCUUCAUGCCCCAUGGCACCAAGAUCAUGUCCCUGCGCCUCAUGCAGCAGCUGUUGGCCGAGUUCCAGGAGCUGUGGCGCCCGGAGGUGGUGGAGAGCCUGCCCUCCAAUGGGUCCCGGGCCCAGAGCAAGCCCCUGGACGUCGCCGGCUUCGACCCCUUUGGCCCACAGCGCAUGAAGGAGGCCACCAUGCAACUCGUUAAUGCCAGCAUCGACUCGUGGGACGACGUGCGAUGGGCGGCCAUGACGUGCCUGCGCCUCCUGCCAUCUCCCUUGCCUGGGUACGAGGAGGAGCAGCCAGCCGCCCGAUUGCUAGAUCUCGCGUUUGAGUUCGGGCUGUCUGACAACGAGGCUGAGGCAGAGUCUGGUGCGAUGCUGCUGGGGGUGCUGCUCAGCAAGGAGGACUGGGCGCCAACGUUUGCGCCCUGCGGCAGUCAAAAUCUGAACACCUCCAGCAUCCAGGGAAGGACGCUGCAGGAGGCAAGGCGGCGGCUUGACCUUGCCAAGACCAACCUGGACGAGGCAUGGGAUCGAGGCUUCAUGCUGCAGCCCUUUCUCAUACUACGGCACUUGGUGCCUGAGCUGCCAUGGUCCAAAAUGGCAGCUACUGGCAAUGUUAGUCUGAGGAGCGAUCUGCUGAGUACCGCGUCGUGCAUCCACCAGCUGAUCAUCGAAGCACUUGCCAUUACCCUACAGAUCCUGGCCAAACCACAAGAGUAUGGCGUGGAUGCAGAGGGCGUGCUGGAGGGCGAUCCUCUCACAGACGGCGAGAAUGUAGAAUGGGACGCAGAGGCCUCUCGACCCCAGCUGGUCACUCGCAUGUCAUGGGGAAGCUGCCGAGAGGCUUCCCUCCUGUGGAUGACGCUUGCUGACUCCCUUCCGCUGCCAGGCGCCGCCGACCCCGGCCUGCAGGCUGCCGGCAUAGCGCUUCUGCUGGACGUCGGGGCGCGUCUGGUGCAUCAGCUCACCCUCCUGAAACACAGUGGUGCCAUCGAGAAGUGCUCCCAGGCGCUCUCGGCUGUGUGCACGAGGGUGCUGGCCUCUGGGGUGAAGGAGCUGGACGUGGCUCCCCUGGCCUGGCUGGAUGCCUUCCUCGCUUUCCUCUCGCGGCCGGGGCAGGGCCGCUCCGACAUCGUGCGCCGCUCUGCUGGGCUGCCGGCCGGCAUCCUGGCAGUCCUCGCUGCUGGCAGCAGCGGCACGUGGCGGGAGGUCCUCAUUUCUCACGCCCUGCCCCGCCUGAUUGCUCUGGCACACCCCGAGACCGAAUCGACGGCCGACUGGGCGCCUCGCGUGCAUGCCCUCAACACGCUACGCAUGCUGUUCUCCGCCUCGGAGCUGGCAGACGGCACGGCGCGCCUCCUGCCCCAGGGAGUGGGCGCCUGCCUGGCAGGGCUGUCUGCCUCCCGAUGGGAGAUCCGCAACGCCGCCACCCUGGCCUAUGCAGCCCUGCUUACUCGUGUCCUAGGAUUUAGGAACGACGCAGUCCAGGAGGCAGCAGGCGCCAGGAGGGGCGUUACGGCAAGGGACUUCUUCCUGCGCUUUCCAACACUGCACCCCUUGCUUCUACAGCAUGCUGAGGAAAGCGCAGCAGCACUGGGAAAGGGGUCAGACCUGCAUGCCAGCACCUUCCCAGUGCUGGUCCUCCUUUCUCGGCUCAGACCUGACACAGAGGACGGCGUGCCAACCCCAACCGCCGAAAAUGAGCCCCGCAGCCCAGCCGCCUUCCUGCCCGCCGUUGCUGCCUUUGGAGCGGCAGCACCACUGGCUGUGCGGGAGCUGGCGGCACGCGCCACCCUGUCACUACUCCCCGCCCACGGCAGGGGCGAUGCCGCCGCAGCCUUGGCCAACCAGCUGCUUGCUGGGGUGGAUGGCAGGACGGCGGGCCUAAACCAAUGUCAUGGCUGGAUGCUGCAGCUUGGCGCCAUUCUGCCCGUUGCUUUGGAAGGCAGGAUAGUGGACCAGAGGAUGCCAUGGCUGGAAGCUGUUCUGGCGGCCAUCAGGCGCCUCUUGCCCCUGCUCCUCACCGAGCUUUGGUGCCCUCCCCUGAGCUUGGCCUUUGUGAAGGUGACGGAGACGCUACGACUGCACAAUGAUAGCCUGCCCGGCCUCUCAGAGGCUGUUGCACUUGUGGCCCAGUCAGCCCAUGGACUCCUACAAAGGUUCCUCAUGUGCCGGGAGGGCCAGGAGUGGCAGGCUCCCAUGGCUGCCGACGUGCUCGAGGCGUGCGCCAAGCUCUGCUGGCAAGGGGCAGAGCAGGGCGUGGCUCGUGCUGCAGGCCUCGCACCUGCCCUGCUGACGUGCAGCCUCCCCACUGUGAUGGCGACGGUGGCCGAUAACCUGGACCCCUGCGCAUUUCACACACUCCCUCCGGCGACCCAGGCCGCCCUCGCGGCGACGGCGAGUGGGGAGUGGCACCAGCGGGCCCGUCUGGCAGCACUGCGCCUUGUUGCGUGGCCUCGCCCAUGCAGUGCCCACCCUGGCGCCCUGGACCCCAUGGCCUCGCUGGACCUGCUCACGCUGGCGAGCGGGGGGACCGACGACGCGCGCGCGCGGGCGCUGACGGCGCUGGCGGCCGACGUCGCUACACGGGCGGCUCCAGGGCCUGAUCUGGGGGCGGGCAUGCUCGGCUCAAUGAAGCACGACCUCGACCCUCCGACCUUCGCCGACGCGCUGGAGGCCGUGGCGGCGGCCGCACUGCCCUCCGGCGACGAGGCGCUGCGGGAGGCCGCGGCCCGCGCGCUGGGCACGCUGGGCGCCGCCUGGCGCCUGACGGCCUGGUGGGCCGCCCUGCUGGACCUGCUCCAGGACGAGGAGCCCGGCGUGCGCCUGGCGGCCGCCGCAGCGCUGGACGCGGCGUGUGCGGCGAACGGCGCGGACGUGGAGCCGCCGACGGCUGCCAUGGCUGUGUGUAAAGCCGCUGGUUUCUAUGAUAUAAUGCAAAUAAACGCGCUGCACACUGAGGUGGACGUGCUCCGAGCCUAUCAGGAGUUUGUGGAGCGCCACCUCAGCACCGUCAAGGCCUUGGAGGUCCGGGAACCGCUCGAGUGUGACUGUACCAGCAAGUAUAAGGAUUUCAGGGCCUGGUUCCCAACCUUGCUGACCAGCGUCAAGGCUCCAUGCCUGGAGCAAGUCAUUGGCGUGGUCUUGCCCAGAGUAGAGCAGCUGGAUGUGGCUUCCUUGUCCCGGUCCAUCCGCUCCCUUAACUUCAGCCUCGCCGGCGCUGACCCGGUGACGGACGUAGAGCUGCUGAGGUCGCUACUGCAGCUCCCCAAUCUCAGCGAGCUCAGGCUGCUCGUGUCAAGGGAGGUUCACCAAGCCCUGCUGGGGCCAGGGACAUCGCUGGGCUCUUGGAAGCGGCUCCAGAAGCUGGAGCUGGUUGUGAACCGAGGGCAUCCCAGCGACACCCUGGAGGGCCUCACCAGAGCCUGCCCAAACCUGACACACCUACACAACCAUGAAGCCAUGAGCCUGCCAAGCGACAUUGGGGACCUGCAGUCCCUGCGCCACGUGGCGGUUGCAUCACCAGGGCAGGAGGAUGCGCAUGCCGUCCCUGACGGCUGA